AUGCUCGGCAUCACAAGCCCGCUCGUCACGGUGGCGCUCGCCCUCGCCUGCAGAGCGCAGGCCGACCUGCAGCUCAUGCAGCUGUCCGUGCACGGCCCCGCGGGGGACGCCCCCGCCGGGCAGCCGCAGAGGGGCUGCCGGACCUCCGUCGCGGGCGAGGAGUGCUUCGUCGAGGUGCAGUGGGCGAUGCAGACGGGCAUCGCGGAGAACCCGGGCUGGUACGCCCCCCUGACCAGCAGCUCCAGCUUCGAGGACUUCCAGCGGCACCUGCACGCCACGGCCCGGCUGUCCGGCGUGUGCCCCGAGCCCUGCGCGGAGCGGGCGCAGUCGGCAGGGCGGCCCACGGAGGCCCCGACGCCGGCCCCGACCCUGGAAGGCGGGAAGCCGUGCACCUGCGAUGCUGCGGGGUGCGGCGUCUUCCCCUACCUGGACCUGGACGGCGACGGCUGCCUCUUCCUGGGCGAGUCGGAGAAGGUGGAGCAGUUCAAGGGGCGCUUCGACGAGCUGGACGCGGACGGGGACGGCUGCAUGACCCAGGCGGAGUGCGCCAACUCGUCGCUGUCUGAGGGCCUGCCCUCGUUCCCGAUCGCAGCUCCAGAUGAGUGCACGUACGGGUACUUCUUCUCGGAGGACACCAGCGUCUGUCAGGUGUGCACCACGGGAGAGACGAGGCGCCGCCGCUCGGAGGCGUGCACCGAGUGCCCUUCAGGCAAGGAUGACCUCGGCGACUUCGACCAAUGCAUCGGGGGGGUGUACCUGACCGGACCAAUCGAGAGGGGCGCCGACAACGUCUUCAUCAACAAGGACGAGGACGAAAGCGGAGUGGUGCUGGUGGUGGGUGACACGAUCACAAUGUCGACGCGCAACCCUGGCCACUUCGAGAGGCUGGUCAUCACCGGGAAGGUGGGAUUUGACGACGGCGCGCGCCUCUCGCCCGAGCACGAGGCCCUGCUCCGCACGCGAGGGCCCUUCUUCGUCCUGGACCACGGGGUGAACGAGGGGUUUGGCAAAUUCGACGCGAUGGUGUCGUCCUGCUCGGCCACCAACGGGAUGGAGCUGUCCGACUCAUACCCGUGCGGGUGCGGCAUCGAGAUCUGCGAGAUGGGCUACAAGUGCGACGAGAAUUGCGGCGAGAACGUCAACAACACCUUGCUUGACAGCUACGCGGGGACUGGCUUCGGGACUGGCGGCUGCUGCAUCGGCCCCCCGCCCGCCGUCAUGCCGACUCCGGUCCCAACGGUGGCUGCCAGGGGCGACCCGCACCUGGUCAACUUGCAGGGGGAACACUUCGACGUGAACCACGGGGGAGAGUUCAUCCUGCUGAGGAUCCCCCAGAACGCCGCCGUGCCCGCAGAGGUGGAGCUGAAGGCCACCAUCCUCCCCGAGCACGGGAAGCCGUGCACCACGUACAUCACGGAGGUGGAGAUCUCCGGCUCCUGGCUGAAGGGCAAGGUCGUGCAGGUGCGCUCCUACCUCAGAUCCCGCGCUCAGAACACGACCGACAAGUUCCUGGGCCUCCGGGUGCUGAGCGCCGGCGCGCCCGCCGAGGCCCCGUGGGAGAAGAUCGACCAGUGGACCGACCAGGCGCACGUUCUCGCCCGCCCCGCCGCGGCGGAUACCGCCGUGGUGACACUGUCCAAGGCGCAGUGGUACAGCAGGAAGCCGGCCAGGGCCGGCGCGCCGAGCGUGGCCGGGCAGGUCGAGGUCCGCCUGCAGGCGACGCCCACCCACGAGCCCGCGGUGCUCGUCGUGCGCCAGGACCUGCCGGGGCAGGAGCACCUGAACCUGGCCCUGCGGCGCCUGAGCGCGCUCGGCCGCGCGGACGUCGGCGGCCUGCUCGGGUUCGACGCGCACCCCGAGUCCCUGGAGUCCGUCACGCCCGAGUGCCAGCGCCACAGGGACGGGCUCGACCCCGCCAGGAGGGGCCCCCUCUUCGACAAGCCGGGCUGGAAGACGCGCUGGGAGAAGGUCAGGGAGGCGCGCGGGGCGGCCCGCAGGCCCGGCGGGAAGAUGGAGGACAACGAGGCGGCCGCCACCCUCGCCGCCCGGGCGCAGAUGUGCGUGUGCCCCACCGAGGACCUGGCCGAUGGCGAGAGCGCCGAGGGCGGGCGCACCGAGGGCGUGCUCGCCGACUUCCAGGUCGGCAGGCUCGCCGAGGCGACGUGGGACUGA